CCUGCAGAAACAUGCCUCAAACGUCAGUUAGCCGAGAUGUGAAAUACGUGUAAUACAAUGCAAUGCACAGAAAUCAUUCAGAGCUGAUCUACCGAAGACAAAACAGCUGUGCCAAAAAAUGCCCAAACUACUGUUUUCAAAGAUGCGAAUAUAUGAAUUCAAGGACCUCAUCCCCAGUGGACGGAAGCCAAGAAAGCUCAAUGGUCUCCUAAGCAGAAAGGGACAGAAAAACAAUAUUAGAUGCAUCCUGGUGCGUAAAAUUGCAGAAAAUUCACCAUGUGAUGAUUACAGGUCUAAGGUUCAAUGUGGCAACACAGCGUCUCUGGGAGAGCUGUUGAAGAACAGAUACUACCUUGUAACCUUCAGGGAAUUCCUCCAGUCUGAGUUCAGUGAGGAAAACAUUGACUUUUGGCUGGCGUGUAGAGACUACCGAGACUUCACGCCACCGGCCUGCCGUUUCCUGAGGGCCACAGAGAUCUACCAAGAGUUCCUCCAUCCAACGGCAGUGAAAGAGGUCAACGUUGAUCAGUGCACUCGGGACAAGGUCAAAAGGUCGAUGGCCGAGGCCAGCCCAUGGUGUUUUGAUGAGGCCGCAGCGCACGUAUUCAGACUGAUGGAGAGCGAUUCCUGGCCACGCUUCCUGCACUCCAGUGCCUGUGGGCGUCUGAGGGCAGGAGGACCUACUGUACCUCAUCUCACAUCAUCCAGUAAAUGUCAAUAACUGAGAGGGCUUCACCACUCACUGCAGAGCUUCCAGACAGCAGCGAGCAGAAUGUAUGAGGAAGGAAGUUUGGUUGCUGACACACACGGGGGGCCUGAGGAAAUGACUAGGCGGUACAGAAAGCAAAAUGGCCAUCUGCAGUGCGCAAGUCGGGGCCUUAUCACAGAUCUCGGCUAUAGAUGGAACAGUUAUGACAUCAUGCUUGGCCCUCCAACGCAAUGCGAAAUGCUUGGCUUUCCGGUAUACACACCUAGGAGCGAUGUUACACAAAGGCCUGACAUUGUUUGGUGACAUAACUGUAUUUUUUUGUUACUGGUUCCUCAGAGAUUCACAUUUUAAUUUAGCUAUGCGCUUAGAAUGAGUUACAAUUUUACUUAUUAGCUUAAGUUGCCAAAAUAAAUCCUUAGACCUUUAUGUGUGUCAGCCAUUUACAAAUGGCCAAAAUGUGCAAGUGCCAUUUUUAAAAAAGUUUUGUGAUACUUUCAAAAUCAAGUUCAAAUGACAUGGCUUGUAUAUAUUUUAGUCACAUGACUGAUGCCACUAAUUGAUGUUGAGCCCAUCACGUUGGUGGGGACCAUGCCGUCAUGAAAGGGGAAAAUUGGCUGCAUCAACCUUCGACCCUUUUCAGCAAAAAUGGCUUCCUCUUGUGAGUGAGGAGCCUUUAAAAGGCAAUCUUAAGGAUCUAAAAAUAAAUGUCAGACUGGCCCAAAAUUCCACCCACAGAUUUAAUGUCAUCAGGGCAGUAAGGCGUGUAUAAUCUCUCUGAAUGUACCUCCUUGUUAGGAAAGCCAUGGCACAAGCAUUAGUUUUCACGGCUGCUGUGACGUUUAUGCUUUCCCUUCAUUACUGCAAAAAAUGCUUCCUAAACAGAAGGAGCUGUGAGUUUAUUGUGUUAACCAUGAAAUAAACAGCUUGCUUAAAAUGAA